ACUGCAUGCUUGUUAAAACUUAGAAGAAGAACCACUACUACUACUAAUCAACAGAAAAAUGGCGACGAUAAUUGAGUUGGUCCCAAAAGAGUAUGGGUUUGUGGCGAUUGUUCUUGUAAUAUACUGUUUCCUGAACUUUUACAUGGCUGCACAGGUUGCCAUUGCUCGCAAGAGGUACAAGGUUCCUUAUCCCACCCUUUAUGCUUCUGAAUCCCAAAACAAAGAUGCCAAACUCUUUAACUGCAUUCAGAGAGGGCACCAAAACUCUUUAGAAACAAUGGCAAUAUUCUUCAUGCUCAUGAUUUUGGGAGGGCUCAAGCACCCUUCAAUUUGUGGUGUUCUUGGUGUGCUUUAUAUCAUUGCUCGUUAUUUCUACUUCAAAGGCUAUGCCACCGGUGAUCCCAACAACCGUCAUAAGAGCAGGAUAUUAUUUUUUGUGCCGCGUGUGGGUCUAAUGCUGUGUGCAAUUUCAUUUGGGUGCACUCUUCUCUUCAAGAAUUAUUGGGUGAAGCUGAACGUUGCGAGCUCAGUGAGCUGUGGUGGCCUCCUUCGCAACAACUAGCUUAGAAUGAUUGCUCAAUAACCAUGUUUCGUACAGGAAAACUCUGAAUUAUAGUGAUGAUGACGAAGAAAAAUAAAUUCUUGACUACAGCUUGUUUGAGAGGGUGGUGAUUUUAGGAAAUCAGAAGCAUAUGCUGAAUGUUCAGUAUAGGAUUUUGAGUAAUUUAAGCUAUAACAAAAAAUUUCUUGAAGGAGAAAUCUAUACUUCUUAUUCAUUUAUUAAUGUAGAAAAGGGAAUAGAACAAGUUGGUCUUGGACAU